AUGGAUGGUUCAGAUAAGGUGGAGCUCCUGGUGGUGGGUAGGGUGUGGACACCCAGAUGCUUCAAAAAUGUGAAAAACAUCCCAUUGGAUUACCAUGCCAACAACAAGGCCUGGAUGACCUCCAACCUCUUCACUCAGUGGUCCAAGAAAUUGGACAGGAGGUUCAAGAGGGAGGACAAGACGGUGGCCCUCGUCCUAGACAACUGCCCAGCCCACCCAGGUCAAGUUCCAGGCCUCACCCUGUUCUUCCUUCCACCUAACACCACCAGCAAAACCCAACCACUUGACUUUGGCAUCAUGCAAAACCUAAAGGUGCACUACAGAACGGAGUUGUUGCUGAGAGUGAUCAAGACCAUUGUGAACUGCUUCAAAAAAGCGAAGUUUGUGCCCCAGGAUGACCCCAAGGAUGAUAUUCCCCUAUCUCAGCUGGCAGUGGAUGAGGAUGGCAUUUCACUUGCCAGCUUAUUCCAGCAAGCCAGCCAGUACAUGGAAGUAGAAAUAGAAAGCACACUGGAUGACUACCUCAGUGCUGACCAGGACCUGAUAGCAGUGACUGAGGAAACUGAGGAGGACAUCUUUGAAGAUGUGAUGUCCAAGCACAUUGGCCCCCAAGACAUCCAGGAUGACUAA